ACUGGCUAUACUCUUGACUGCCCUUUGAACCCCACCUUUGCACCACCAGCAGCCAUCAUCAUGACCAACUCACAAGGCACCAAACCGUCUCUACCCAAGUUUGACUCAGAAAACUGUCAAGCCUAUGCGGCAAGUUGCCACUGUGGUAUCGUACAGUACUCGGUCCUUCUCUCCCCACCACUACCCCAGUGGAAGGUCGUAUCGUGCAACUGCAGCAUCUGCACUCGCAACGGCUACUUGCUAGUGUAUCCCGAGAGAUCGCAGCUACACAUAAAGAGCGGUGAAGAUAUGCUAAGGGACUAUUCUUUUGGGAUGAAAAGAAAUCUGCACAAGUUUUGUGCGAAUUGUGGGAGCGCGGUUUGGUUUGACCCAAGAAUGUGGCGACUUGAAGAGACUAGACCCGAUUUGUUGGGUAUGAAUGUUCGCAUGUUUCACGAUAUUGAUAUGAGGACAUUGGACAUUACGCUAGUAGAUGAUAAAUAACAGGCAGGAACGCCAGAAACAGAGCAAUCAUGAUGAUGUAUUGCAACAUAGUUCGACAUGUAUAAGAAACUGAAACAUUAAAUGUUGAGUGCCCAUA